UAGAUAAUUCAACAACAAUGAAUAUAAUUAUUUUUUUUCCUUUUUACGGUAAAGGGAUAGAAUAGUUUGAAAUCAAAUCCUCGCCAACGUGGUGUGUAAAAAUUUAGGCAGUCUUUCGAUUGAUUACCUCAAUUACAAUAUUUUUUUUCCCUACAAAGAGUGAUGUGAUGUGAUGUGUGUUUCAACUUUCAAGUGUGUCCUGUUUGUCCGACCAUCCUGCGGAGUGGCCGAAUUUGUGUUCCCUCUCAAAUUCAACGCAUCCAAAUUCUUCACGUCACUUUACUAGGUUCAUUUAUUAUAAAUAAAACUUCCAAAACAAGUAACACUAAAACUCCAAUUCUUUUCAAAAAAUACAAGAAAUGGAGACUUCAAAUUCAGUGCCAGUAAUCGAUUUACAAGACUUUCCAAGGCAAUUAUCUAAGUUGAUUUGGGCAUGUGAAGAGUGGGGUUGCUUUAGAAUUUUGAACCAUGAUGAUAUUGUACCAGUUUCACUUAUGGCUGAGAUGAAGGAAGUGGUUAGGACAUUGUUUGAUCUUCCAAUUGAAAUCAAGAAAUGUAACAAGGAUGUUAUUGCUGGAUCUGGGUACAUGGCUCCUAGUGAAAAGAAUCCACUUUAUGAAGCUUUGGGUCUUUAUGACAUGUCUUCUCCUACAGAUGUAGAUGCCUUUUGUACUCAAUUGGAUGCUUCCCCACACCAAAGAGAGACAAUCAUGAAGUAUGCUGCAGCUAUUCAUGGACUAACGAUGGACAUCGUGCAAAAAAUGGGUGAAGGGUUGGGACUGUCAAAUGUUUCCUUCGAGGAUUGGCCUUGUCAGUUUAGGAUUAACAAGUACCACUUCACACCAGAAGCUGUAGGUUCCUAUGGGGUUCAGAUACAUACAGACUCCGGAUUCCUUACUAUUCUGCAGGAUGAUGAAAGCGUUGGUGGUCUUGAGGUCAUGAAGAAAUCUGGUGAAUUUGUAGCAGUUGAUCCCUGGCCAAACACCCUCCUUGUGAAUCUUGGAGACAUAGGCACGGUAUGGAGCAAUGGAAGAUUUUACACUGUUAAGCAUAGAGUGAUAUGCAAGGAAGCAAAAAUACGGGUGUCUAUUGCUUCAUUUCUCUUGGGACCAAGGGACACACCAGUAGAACCACCAACUGAGCUGGUAGAUGCUGAACACCCCCGUGUCUAUGUUCCUUUCACUUUCAAUGAUUAUAGAAAGCUCCGGUUAUCAACAAAGUUGCAAGCGGGGGAAGCUCUUGAUCUUAUGCGCACUAACUUGUAAAACUUUGGCAAGCAUCUCAUGGUCUCCUUUAUAUUGAUUUAGGCUAAUGAACUUGAAAGGAGGAAAGAAGAAAUUAAUCUGUGCGAUUCAUCUAUUGUCAGCUAUCUUAUACAAGAAUAGCCCAUAUAUCCUUAUCCAAAAAUAUACGAAUAGCCUAUAUAAUGGCAUAGUAUGCCUAGUCUAAUUUAUGCAUAUCAAUCAUCAUCUGAGCAUCUAUGAUCCAUCUUGUGCUCUUUUGUUAUCUAAUGUUUUUUAAAGAA